AGUUUAUUCUGCGUUUCAAGCAAAAAUGAAGUCACUGGUUUUAUUUCUGGUUUUUUCGGUGGUACUGGUGGUAAUAUCAUGUGCCAACGCCGAAGAUUACUCAUUUACUGAAGCCGCUCCGACAACGACAGAAUCUCCAUCAGUUCCCCAACGGUCAUGGACGGACUUCACCAAGUUUUUAAGGAGCAGCAGUACAGGAAACAAGUUCUACUUUUUCUUUUAACUAAAAAAAAGAUUUUCAAUAAAAAAAAUCCUACUUGUCAUUCGCAAAAUGUGAAUUAUUUUAUUUUGUAAACGUAUAAACAUACAAUUUCUUCAAGACUUGGCAAGAUGUUUGGUACCAGCAUUUUUAAAUUAAUAAAGAAAUUUAAAGAAGCAGUA